AUGUUGCCUCUAGCACUUCUUCUGGUCUUCCUUAACAGUCACAUUAUUGUUGCAUCAAAAUCCACCAUCGACACCCUACCAGGCUUUUCCGAUGAACUCCCCUUUAAACUUGAAACCGGGUAUGUGGGGGUGGGCGAUUUGGAUGAUGUGCAGCUAUUUUAUUACUUCAUUGAGUCGGAGAGGAGUCCCAAGGAAGACCCCCUGGUGCUUUGGCUCACCGGAGGUCCCGGUUGCUCCGGUUUUUCUGGCCUUGCAUAUCAAAUAGGUCCAAUAAUGUUCAACUACGCAAAUUCUAGUGGGAACGAACCAACACUUGUGUUGAAUCCAUACUCAUGGACAAAGGUUGCCAACAUAAUAUUUUUGGAUCAACCAGUUGGUAGUGGAUUCUCCUAUGCAAAAAGUUGGGAAGGAUACGAGACCGGUGAUAUAUCAUCCGCAGCUCAUACCUAUGAAUUUCUAAGGAAGUGGCUUAAAGAUCAUCCUGAAUUUCUGAAAAAUCCACUGUACAUUGCUGGUGAUUCAUAUUCAGGCAUAACUGUUCCCAUCGUUGUUCAGGAAGUGUCCAACGGCAAUGAAGUCGGGCAUGAACCACCAUUGAAUCUCAAAGGUUAUGUGCUAGGCAACCCAUUUACAGAACCAACAUAUGACGUGAAUUCACGAAUUAAAUUUGCUCACCGCAUGGCACUUAUUUCCGAUACACUCUAUGAGUCAACUAAAACAAAUUGCAAGGGCGAGUAUGUUCAAGUAGAUCCGAGCAAUGCACCUUGUGUUUUAAACCUCCAAGAAGUCACUGAGUGCACCCAGAAGAUAUAUUAUAACCAAAUAUUGGAGCCAAAGUGUAGUACUAUGUCUCCAAACCCAAAAAUAUUCAAAUGGGAUCAAAACUUCGAUGGCGAGGACUUCUUAGACAUGCUACAUCAUUCUACAGAACCAUGGUGUCGUACUUAUAACUAUCUGUUCUCCUUCAUUUGGGCUAAUGAUAAAACAGUCCAAAAUGCACUUCACGUUCGAGAGGGAACAAUAAAGGGUUGGGAAAAAUGCAAUCAGAGCAUAUCUAGCAAUUAUGCACAUGAUGUUAGAACUAGUAUUGACUAUCAUCGAAACCUCACCAAGAAAAACCUUAGAGCACUGGUUUACAGUGGUGAUCAUGACAUGCUUAUUCCAUACGUGGGCACUCAAGAAUGGAUAAAAUCUCUCAAUUUGAGUGUUGAUUAUCAAUGGAGACCAUGGUUUGUUGAUGGCCAAGUUGCAGGGUACACCAAUGCAUAUACAAGGAAAACCUACAGUUUGACAUUUGUGACUGUAAAGGGAGGUGGCCACACAGCCCCAGAAUUCAAGCCUAUGGAAUGUCAUGCCAUGAUUGAUAGGUGCUGGUACUGCUUCGGUGAUUAG